UACGCUAAGAUCUAAUUCACUCUUCUGAGUCGGGGCUUAGAAUUUCAUGGAACAUUUGACCAGUUGGAAGGCGGGGCACAUCCCUGUAAGUAAAACCCCACAUGGACCUGCGACCUGUCUGGCUAGGCGUGAGAUUAAAAAGCUUCCUACACAACUAGAAGGACCCACAAGUAAAAAAAAUAUACCACUAUAUACUGGGGGGAUUUGGGGAGAAAAAAAAGAAGCAGCAGCAGCUUUCUGGGUCCCUCCCGGUUCCCCCAGUGCCCUCCUUCCCCAGGCUGUCUGUCGGUCUACGGAGCCCGGAGGAGCGGUAGGUGCAGGGCUAGGAGCAGGGACAGAGGGAGCCGGUGAUGCGUCGCUAGCGCUUCCCGCAGAGGCCGGCUCAGCACACUGGGGCGCCCUCCUGUUGGGGGGCGGGAGGGCUGUGUCGCCUCCUGGCGGCCGUGCUGCGCCGCGGCGUUGCGGAUCCCUGCUGGUCUGUCGCAGCGUCCUGCCUCCAGCUGCCUCACGAGGCUGCGCCUCUAGGUCACCUAAAUCGACUGUCGGAACCCCAUCGUCCCACUCUGCCCCUUGCCCGCCCCUCUCAGGCCCUCGAGACUGACCCCUCUAGCCGGCUGCCCAGCCCUGUGAAGCAUGCGGCCAGAGGGCCUCGAGGGUCCCCGCGCGCUCGGCCAGCGGCCUCUGCUGCGUCUGCUGCUCCUGCUCCCCCUGCUGCCCUGGCCCGUAACCCGCGCUCAGACCACGCCGGGCGCUCCCGGCGCCCCGACAGCGCCGGGAGCCCCUAGUGCCCCAACAGCGCUGGACUCCCCUAGCGCCCCAACCACACCAGGCUCCCCCAGCGCCCGGACCACGCCAGGCACUCCCAGCGCCCCGAGUCUGUGGGAGCGCGCGUGUGCCCUGAUGCAGGACUUCCCGCUCGUGGAUGGCCACAACCACCUGCCCCUGCUCCUGAAACAGCUCUUCCAGAACAGGCUACAAGAUGUUAACCUGCGUAAUUUCAGUCGCAGCCAGACCAGCCUGGACAAGCUUAAGGAUGGCGUCGUGGGUGCUCAGUUCUGGACAGCUUACGUUCCAUGCCAGACCCAGGGCCAGGAUGCCCUGCGCCUCACACUCGAACAGAUUGACCUCAUUCAUCGCAUGUGUGCCUCCUACUCUGAACUGGAGCUUGUGACUUCAACCAAAGGUCUGAGUAGCACUCAAAAGCUGGCUUGCCUCAUUGGCGUGGAGGGCGGUCAUUCACUGGACAGCAGCCUCUCUGUGCUGCGCAGUUUCUAUCUGCUGGGAGUGCGCUACCUGACACUCACCCACACCUGCAGCACACCCUGGGCAGAGAGCUCCACCAAGUUUAAAUACCAUGUCUACACCAACGUCAGCGGGUUGACAAGCUUUGGUGAGAAGGUGGUAGGGGAAAUGAACCGCUUGGGCAUGAUGGUGGACUUGUCCUAUGGGUCAGACACCUUGGUGCGACAAGCCCUGAAGGUGUCAAGGGCUCCUGUGAUCUUCUCCCACUCGGCUGCCAGAGCUGUGUGUGACACUUUGCUGAAUGUUCCCGAUGACAUCCUGCAACUUCUGAAAAAGAAUGGUGGCAUUGUGAUGGUGACACUGUCCAUGGGGGUGCUGCAGUGCAAUCUGUUUGCUAACGUGUCCACCGUGGCAGAUCAUUUUGACCACAUCAGGGCAGUCAUUGGAUCAGAGUUCAUCGGGAUUGGUGGAAAUUAUGAUGGGUCUGGCCGCUUCCCUCAGGGGCUGGAGGAUGUGUCCACAUACCCGGUACUGAUAGAGGAGUUGCUGAGGCGUGGAUGGAGUGAGGAAGAGCUCCAGGGUGUCCUUCGUGGAAAUCUGCUGCGGGUCUUCAGACAGGUGGAACAGGUGAGAGAGGAAAACAGUGGGCAGAGUCCUGUGGAAGAUGAGUUUCCAGACAGGCAGGUGGACAGGUCCUGCCACUCCCACCUCCUAUCUCAGCCUCAGAGUGAACACCUAACCACACACAAGGAGGUGACCAAGAGGCCAACCAAUCAGGUUCUCCAGAGACCCUUGAAAGCCUCCCCACAGCUCCUUCUAGGCCUCACGGUUGCUGCCACCUUCUCAGUCCUCACUCUGUGAGUCUGGUGACCCGGCCAGUCCUCCAGAGAUCACUGUGGCAAAGUCUCACAAAGUCACGCUCCUAGUCUUCCUGGAACAAGCAUAUGCUGAGAAUAAACAUUUUGAGCAUGGAGCCAGGUGUGAGUGUCCUUCCUUCUUCACAGAGGGAGUGGGCUCCGGUGGGCUCUUGGUUGGUGAGGUGUCUUGUGGUCUAGCCCUAUUUGCUUAAGGUGAGUGGUUCCCAUUGGCCUCCAGCUUUGUUUCUCUCCAGAAGGGCAGAGGCACAUCACCAUAUUCUUAUGCUAAAAGCCUGAGCCCACAGAAGAACACAAAGGAAUCCAAUUCAGUGUCUAUCC